UUUCUUUUCCCCGGGUCCUAGGCUCGCCCCGACCCUGGGGAAACCCGGCAAUGAGUAGGAGAGAAACCGCGUGAACCUCCGGCGAACUUUUCCCCUCCAUUGUGCUGGGCAGGCGGAGCGGGGCAGGCGGAUGGAGGAUGCGCUCUGCCCGGCGAGCUGUCUAAGAAGGAGGCGGCGGCGGCGGCGGCGGCGAGGGAAGCGCCGGGGACGACGACGAUGAAGAAGCAGCAGCAGCUGCCGGCCUCGCCGCCUCCGAAGCACUACGGGGCGGGCUGUCCGGAGCCCCGGCCUCAUGUGGCCCCGGCUUCCUCCGGGGGUCCCGCUCACGGCAUGGGCUGGAGGAGGAGGAGGAGGCCCUUCUCGCUGCUGCCUUUCCUUUCCCUUCGCGACUACGGCUUCUGCAUGGCCGCCCUGCUGCUCUUCUGCCUGGGCUCCCUCUUCUACCAGCUCAACGGGGGCCCUCCUCACUUUCUGCUGGACCUGAGACACUAUUUGGGAAAUUCCACUUACUUAGAUGAUCACGGGCCAGCUCCUUGUAAGGUCCUUCCAUUCCCAAGCCAGGUGGUAUACAACAGAGUUGGAAAAUGUGGGAGCCGGACUGUGGUUUUGCUGUUAAGAAUUCUGUCCGAGAGGCAUGGGUUCAAUUUAGUUACUUCGGAUAUUCAUAAUAAAACUAGGCUUACGAAGAAUGAACAGAUGGAAUUGAUUAAAAAUAUAAGCACUGCAGAGCAGCCCUAUUUAUUCACUAGACACGUUCAUUUUCUUAAUUUCUCAAGAUUUGGAGGAGACCAACCAGUAUACAUCAAUAUUAUUAGAGAUCCUAUCAAUCGAUUUUUAUCUAACUAUUUUUUUCGCCGUUUUGGAGACUGGAGAGGGGAGCAGAACCACAUGAUCCGUACUCCAAAUAUGAGGCAAGAGGAGAGAUACUUAGAUAUUAACGUAUGUAUUCUAGAGAACUAUCCUGAAUGUUCCAAUCCCAGGUUAUUUUAUAUUAUUCCAUAUUUCUGUGGACAGCAUCCAAAAUGCAGGGAACCUGGUGAAUGGGCCCUCGAAAGAGCAAAAAUGAAUGUGAAUGAAAAUUUCCUCCUUGUGGGUAUUCUGGAAGAGUUAGAGGAUGUGCUGCUUUUAUUAGAAAGAUUUUUACCUCAUUAUUUCAAGGAUGUAGUCAGCAUCUACAAAAACCCAGAGCAUAGGAAGCUUGGCAAUCUAACUGUGACAGUGAAAAAAACUGUCCCUUCAACAGAAUCCAUCCAGAUCUUGUACCAGCGCAUGAGAUAUGAAUAUGAAUUCUACUACUAUGUCAAAGAGCAGUUCCACCUGCUAAAACGCAAGUUUGGAUUAAGAUCCUCAAAUGGUAACUCUUCUCCUAGGCCAGAGUUUGCCAUUCCUUCUCCUCUAGAAACUGAAGAGCCAAUAACAGAAGAUGAGGAACAAGAUGAUGAAAAGUGGUUAGAAGAUAUUUAUAAAAGGUGAUGCAAGAUGGAUUCAAAAUUGUUUUUAAAAUGCUAAUAACAAUCUGAAGAAAGUGAGUUAAUACA